CAUACGACCGCCUGAGAUUCCAACAACCGGACGAGGACAUUGUGAAUCGAGCACGUCGAGCUGGCGGGCUGCCGUUGGCCCCCGGCCCCGGAACCACGAGAUAGACCAUGUGACGUGAACUCCCGUUUCGCUCUUCGAGGCUGGCUCUCAUCGAUGGUACGUAGUUGUUGAGGGCAUGGGCGAUCUGCGGUGCCUCGGUCCACAAGCUUCGAUCGAUGCUAUUCUCGGGAUGCAGAUGGCAGAUGCCUUUUUCUCCAGUGCAGAGCCAAACCACUGCCUCCCCUCUUCCGCAGGCUCGGGUCGGGUCGGGUCGGGUCCGUUCUCGCACAGCCAUGGAUCGGCAGCUCAGAAUCGCAGACAGACCAGACCUCCCUCGCUCGAAUCAAGGUCAGCUUCAGCCAUCCGAGCUACUGCGCUACUGUUGCUCGACCCGAAAGGUCUCGUUUCUCCAUGGCGAGACCAGGCCACCUUUACCGAUUCCGGCACUGCACUCGUCAACGCCCAUCGUCCUCGGCCAGAUGCAUCUGGUAUGACCUGGCGGAUUCGUCCGCUCUCGAUCACCGAUCACUGGUGGUCGGGGCAGAACCGGGCCUCUGGGCCGGUCUCCUGCCGUCGAUCCGAGACGAGGUCAAUGGCUCUUUUGUUUCCGGAUUUUCCUUUCCGGAUGUUCCACCGCACAUAUCGAUCGAUCGCUUGACGAGAUUUCUUACGCUCAGAAUCUGAGCUCCAUGAAGACUACUGCAGUCUGAUGAUGUUCAGCAGUUGCCAAGCGCACAACUUGGUGCUCAUGUCUGAAGCCUCGGACGAGGAGUGGGUUCGAAAUUCAAGUCAGAGAGAUGUCCAGCAGAAGGUGGGAUUCGAGGGAUUUGACGGCCGUGGAUCCGACUCAGGCAGCCUCGCUCGCUCGCUCCCUCCAUUUCUGAUGUCCUUCUCUCCUGGGGAACCGGGAACCUCUCGCCCGAAAAGGGCGAUGCAUGCACCCUUCGGAUGGACUCGCUGAAACAAACGUGAUGUGCACAGCGAACGCCAUGACCUCGGUUGUCUGCAUCUCCAUCAAGCCGCGCAGCAGAAGGUCAAAAGUGGGAGCAUGAAGCCAGCCCGCCAGCCAGCAAACAGCCAGCCAGCAGCGCUCUGUGCAUGAGGAUCCGAUUGACCCCGAGUUGCAUGUCGCAGCGAUGUUGGAACCGAGAAAUCUAUCGCCCCAUCGUGCCCGCUUAUCUUGCCCGACCUCGAUGGUGGCACCCGCCGCUGUACACUGCACAGUAUUCGUGGCCCACCGUAUUUUCCCCUUCGAGCUUCGCAAGCUCUGCAUGUACAUUUAUUUAUACGCGUGACAUGAGUGCUGGUAAUGUUUCGGUCAGGAGUGCAAGACGAUCUAUAUUCCUCUAAUGACUUAGUCCUACGACUUUCAUGUCCUGCUUUGCAUCGAACGAUACAUAUGUAGUAUAACCUAAUGACCUUCCAC